AUGCCGCCGCUUCUUGGUUGGCUGCAAGCCACCUGGGCCCUCACCCAUGCCGUCGUCGCCUUGCCGGCCUUGGGCGACUCGCAGCAAAAGAUCUUGCAGGCCGAUGCACGGCUGCGCCAGGAACCGCAAAGGCGCAAGUUGCACGGCAGUUUCCUGCAUAUUACAGACUUCCAUCCCGACGAGUUCUACAAAGCCCACACCUCUACCAAGGACGGGGUGGCCUGCCAUCGAGGCAAAGGCACGGCUGGCGCUUAUGGCGCUGAAAAGACCGACUGCGAUUCGCCCUACUCUCUCGUGGACGCUACGCUGAAAUGGGUCGAGGAGAACCUAAAGGACGAGAUAGACUUUGUCGUGUGGACGGGCGACUCGGCGAGGCACGACAGCGACGAAGACCAUCCUCGAUCCGAAAAGACCGUUCUCCAAGCCAACCGGGCCGUCUCGAGAAAGAUGGCGGAUGCCUUCAGCACACCCGCCGGCAAGCUCGCCGUCCCCAUAGUCCCGAAUUUCGGAAACAACGACUUUCUUCCCCACAACAUCAUGUACCCUGGGCCAAACCGCUGGCUUGCAGAGUACGCCGAUAUCUGGAGCCGCUUCAUUCCCGAGGAGCAGCGCCAUUCCUUUGAGUUUGGCGGCUGGUUUCGCGUCGACGUCAUCCCCGGGAAGCUCUCCGUCUUUAGCCUCAACACCAUGUACUUUUUCGACCGCAACGCCGCUGUCGACGGCUGCGCGCAACCUUUGGAGCCCGGAUUCAAGCACAUGGAAUGGCUGCGCGUUCAGCUGGACGCGAUGCGGCACGCCGGCGCCAAGGUGAUUCUGAUUGGGCACGUGCCCCCGGCGCGGACGGAAAGCAAGCAGAAUUGGGAUGAGACGUGCUGGCAGCGCUAUACCCUUUGGCUGCAGAGAUACCGCGACGUCGUGGUGGCGUCCUUGUUCGGCCACAUGAACAUUGAUCAUUUCCUCCUUGCCGACACCAAGGAAAUCGACUUGACCGGGGCGACGGCCGCUCAGCCCAGGCCCGGCAGAGCCUCCCUCUACCAAGAGACCGUUUCAGCAUCUGGCAAAAACGACUAUCUCAGGGAGCUGCGAGAGGCCUGGGGAGACCUUCCCAAUUCCGCCAUCGAGGCGCUAGGAGAAGAAGGAGAAGACGGAGAAGACGGAGAAGACGGAGAGGAUGAGCCGACGGGCGCUCUCAAAAAGGGACACAAGAAGAAAAGGGACAGAUUCAAAAAGAUUGGCGGAAAGUACGCCGAACGUUACCAGCUCGCCUUUAUCAGUCCGAGCGUCGUGCCCAACUACUUUCCGACUCUGAGAGUGUACAAGUACAACAUUACCGGACUGGAAAAUGCAAGUGUCUGGGAGGAUAAAUCACGGACCUCGUGGGAAGAUGCGGCUGCUGCUCUCGGUGUUUCUGCAGAUGGCCAUGUCUCGACGGAGCCGAGACCCACGAUUGCAAAGAACAAGAAGAAGAAGAAGAAGAAGAAGAAGAAGGGCAAGGGGAAGCGGCCCAAGGACCCAAACCUGGUGAUGCCCGAAGAGCCUCCCGAGGCAUCGCUGCCCGGUCCAGCGUACUAUCCGCAGCCUCUCAGCUUGACCGGGUACACUCAGUACUUUGCCAACCUCACCCACAUCAACAACGACCAGCCAGAGCGCUCGCCAGCCCAACCUCGGAGGUUCCGCUACGAGGUCGAGUACAGCACGUUCAGCGACAAGCGAUUCAAGCUGAAGGACCUCACAGUCCGGAGCUACCUCCACUUGGCCUACCGCAUGGGUCAACGCGACGGGGCCGAGAGCAGCAGCAGCAGCAGCAGCAGCAGCAGCAGCAGCAGCAGCGACACGGAUGGUUUCGAAGACGACGGUAGCUACGACACGGCAAGGCGCAAGCACGGGAAAAAGAAGAAGCACGAGGGCAAUCAGACGUGGCUGCAGUGGCUUGGCUUCGCGUUUGUCAAGACGAUUCCCAAGCAUCAGCUGGCCAAGCUGUAG